AUGUCAACAGUCCCAAAGCACAGAAAAUUUGCAAGAGGACGUCGUUCCGCACCCUCAUCACCAGCAUUAAUUCCAAUGCCUCUGUCACCUGCCCUUAAAGCAAGAAGAAGAUCCUUAUCAAGACCAAUAUAUAGAAGAAGACGCUCAUCUUCUAGCACGCGAUCCAUACAUCUUGAUCCUCUAUCUCUUCCAGAAUCGGCAUCGUUAUCGUCGUUUUUCCUCGAUGAGAGUCCCUUCGACGCGACAGAGAUAAAUUCGAUUAAGGUCACUUUGGACAACACUUUGCCCGUUGACUAUUUCAAGCAGGAUCUUCUUUCGAUAGCAAAGGCGUUGAAUAUCCCAAAAUGGAGAAAAAUCACUUCGGAUCCAACCAGUUUGGAAAAGCUACAUCUUGUCAGACUGUCCGGUGCACUCACAAAUUGUAUUUAUAAGGUCGCAUACAAGAAUUUCUAUCCCUUGCUUUUGCGUAUAUAUGGAUCGAAUGCCGGCGAGUUGAUUGAUCGUGAAAAAGAACUCCAGAUAUUGGCCAGGUUGUCUAGACAGAACAUCGGACCCAAAUUGUUAGGAUGUUUUACCAAUGGGCGUUUUGAGGAGUUUUUAAAUAACUCAAUUACUUUGACCAAAGACCAGAUUCGCGAUCGCAGGGUCAGCAGAAUGAUUGCUAGAAGAAUGAAGCAAUUGCAUUAUGGUGUUCCCCUUCUUCCGGAUGAGAUCGCCGAAGGUCCAAAGGUGUGGAAUUUGAUUGAGAAGUGGAUUGGCUUGGUCGACAGAAUUAUGGCGAAGUGUAACCCUGAAGAUCAAAAGAACUUCCUUAUCGUCAACUGGUCCAAGCUCAAAGAGCUGAUAUAUAAGUACAGGGAAUGGUUGUGGUCAAGAUAUGGUGGAUAUGCCGGACUGAACUCUCACCUCCGUUUCUGUCAUAACGACACCCAAUACGGUAACUUGCUUUUUUACAACAAGUAUGAUCGGCUUCCCAUGGAUGAAGAUGAAGAUGAUGAGCUCUCAGUAAGAAGUGGUUCGGUGCAAGGGUUGCCUGCAGCCUCAGAAAUUGAUAAGUCACAUGCCAAGUCACAUUAUCUUGUGAAGCCAGUCGCAGAAACAGAUUCUCUAGAAGAUGAUCUUGCAAAGAAAACCAGUAAACUCAGCAUUGGUGGUCAGAACUCUGAAGUUGUUCCAUUGGUGACAGAUUUGAACUUCCAGUACGACAAGAGUCUAGUUGUGAUCGAUUUUGAGUACUCCGGUGCCAACAUUCCUGCAUAUGACAUCACAAAUCAUUUCUGUGAGUGGAUGUAUGAUUACGCGGAUCCGGAAACAAGUUAUAAAACGAACGAUGACAGGUAUCCGACAAAGGAAGAAAUAAUCAAUUUUUUGAACUCGUACGUCAAGUAUGUUCCCGGUUCAGUUACCCCAGUGGGAUAUCUAAACCAAUCAGCUUCUAGUGUUGGUCUCGGAAGCAAAUCCUCAUCAGUGAUAAAUCUCAAGGGUGAUCACCUUCCUCCAAAAGUUGUCACCUUGUACAAUGAAACCAUUAUGUGGAGAUCGGCUUCAGCAAUCUUUUGGACUCUUUGGGGAAUAAUCAAUGGUGGAAACAGUUUUGAUACACCUUUGAAGAAGACACAUACCUAUACCGAACGUGGUCCAAGGGGUGAGAAGUACACAAUAACGGUUGAGCCACAGAGUGCAGAUUCUUCUCUUAGUGCAUCUCCAUCUUCUCAUAGUUCACUGACUGAUGAAUCGAUGCAAAAUGCACUAACCGACAAUGCGGAUGACCAAUUCGAUCACUUGAAGUACGUUCUGGGAAAAUGUGGUGUUGUAAUAGGCGAUUUCAUCCAAUUCGGUCUGAUCAAAAUAACAGAUAUUGAUCCAUCCAUGCGCCAGUAUGUGAAAUAUCUUGACACAAAUUUCCUUCGUUCCAAGCAUUAG